AUUUAAUAUAAAAUAAAUAUUCUGAGUUUCAUAAAGCAUUUAGCGCCAUCUAAGCUGUACAUGAUGAAACAAACGUGUCGAGCUUUUUUGCAUUUAUAUUUUUAAUUGAUAAUAAAUUAAAUAUUGAAUGAUCGAUGGCAAUUCCUUUGCAGAACGCGAUACGGUUACCGUUGUUAAUAUCUAGAAACAUCUUUGUUGGUACAAACAAUUGCAACAAGAGGUACAUUAUGACAACUUGCACGAAACUUGAGAAAGUUUUGGAAAAUCUCGAAAAAAAUCCUUUCUUCGACAAGUAUGCUAAGAAAAUAGCAAAAUUGCAACAGACCAAUCCAGAAGAGUUCUUACAGCGGGUCGAAAAGGAAGAAGAAAAAAUUCAAAGAAAGAGAGAGAAACAGGAAGAAGAGUAUAAAUAUUAUGAAGGCCAAGCAAAACCAUAUUUGAAACAAAGCAAACAACCUGAGAAAGCAAAAUUAAAUUCCAUCAUGAAAAUCGAUAUGAUUCAGGAUAAAACAAAGGAUGAAAUCAUAAACAUUUGGAAAGAGUAUCAUAAAGAUAAAGACUAUAUAUGUGGAAUAUUAAUGCCAGAGCAAUUUAAUAAAAUGUUUGAACGUGGAAAACAAUAUUCAACGUUUUUGUUGCCAUUACCUAGAAAAGAAGGAUACGAGUUUAUUGUUAGUCAAUUUUGUGGAUUAGAAAUCCAUAUGACACCGCUAUUAUGGUAUCAAACACAUAAAGAAAAUGCGCCAGAAUGUUUAACUCUUGUUCAUUAUAUUGAAUUUAAAGAUGAGAAAGGAAUUGUUCUUAUGCGGGGUGAAUUUGAUAAAAAAUAUAUUAACGUGCAGGAAGCACAAUGUUUAGUGAAUGAAUUACAACUAUAUUAUUGUACAGAUAAUAUCAAGAGAUUGGAACUAUUGAAAAUCUUUACUAAUAAGCCUAAUGAAUUUAAGCAUAUGGAUCUUAUAGCACAGUUAGAAUCAAUACAAUUAGAAUUACAAUAAUUAAAUAAUGAAUAUAAAAUGGAUUGUAAUUAUAUUUUAUUUGAUACUGCAGAUAUAUUCAAUUUGUAUAUAGUAGUUUGAAAAUAAAAUGAUAAAGUAAAAUACUUAUAUUGAGUUGUUUAUUAACUAUAAUUGCAACUUGAAUUAUUCAGCAAUAUUCAACUACACUUGAAUGUCAAAUGUUUUUUUAUUAUGAAUACUUCUGCUGUACAAUAAUUUCAAUUUUAAUUACAGUCCAUUUGUCAAGAUCUUGUCAUAUCCAGUCUUUAUGGACAUUCCCAUUCUUAAAGACAAGAACAGAACUAUGGACUUAUGCUAAAAAAAGGAAUUUUAGUGAUCAUGUAAAUAAAAGCAUAUAUAUUACUACACCUAUAUUUUAUGUUAAUGCUGGACCACAUAUUGGACAUCUUUAUACAGCAAUCUUAGCAGAUGCCAUAGCUAGAUUCAAUACUAUGCUAGGACAUUCUGUGUUUUUAUGCACAGGUACAGAUGAACAUGGCACGAAAGUUCAAAAAGCUGCAAAUGAUACAAAUUUAUCCAUUGUUCAAUAUUGUACUCAAGUUUCGCAUCAGUUUCAAGAAAUGUGUGAUGUUUUUCAUGUUCAUUAUUCAAAGUUCAUUAGAACAACUGAAGAACAGCAUCAGGAAGCAGUUUCUUACUUUUGGAAUUGUUUAGAAAAAAAUGGAUAUAUUUAUCGAGGAAAAUAUUCUGGCUGGUAUAACAUAUCAGAAGAAGCAUUUGUUUCAAAUAAAGACGUAGUAAAAAUUGUUAAUAGCAACCAAGGGUAUACGGAAUCAGGAGAUUUAGUAGAAUGGAUGGAUGAAGAAAAUUAUAAAUUUCGACUUUCUUCUUUUAAAGAUGAAUUAACAAGUUGGCUGAAAAAUGAGAACGUAAUAGAACCGGCAGUAUAUCGCAAUAUAUUGAUUCAAUGGUUAGACGAUUUACAAGACUUAAGUAUUUCUAGACCUAGUAAACGAGUGUCUUGGGCAAUUCCUACUCCAUCUGAUAAAUCUCAUACAGUGUAUGUAUGGUUGGAUGCAUUAGUUAAUUAUUUAACUUCAAUAGGAUAUCCAGAUGAUUCAUUUAAAAAAUUUUGGCCACCAACUGUACAAGUUAUAGGAAAAGAUAUACUGAAGUUUCAUGGUAUAUAUUGGCCAGCAUUUUUAAUGGCUGCUGGUCUAGAAUUGCCAAGAAAACUUGUAUGUCAUGGACAUUGGGCUGUUAAAGAUAAAAAGAUGUCAAAAUCUAAAGGAAAUGUAACAUCACCUUUUAACGUGAUGAGAACUUAUACACAAGAUGGUCUGAGGUAUUUUCUUUUACGACAAGCUGUACUGGAUACAGAUGCAAAUUAUAACGAAUUGAAAAUUCAAAAAGUAUUAAAUUCUGAACUUGCCAAUGUAAUAGGUAAUUUAAUUAAUCGCUGUUUUGGUGGAAAUAUUAAUCCAGACAGAAUAAUAUAUAACUCUGCUGAAUAUAAAAAUAUUUUAAAGUCUGAGAUAGCCCUUAAAAAUAUAAAAGCUUUGGAAGAAUUAGGUGACAAUGCUAAGAUGUGCUAUGAGAAGUAUAAUUUCUAUCAUGCAGUAGAUAUUGUGAUGAAUAUGUUACGUACGUCCAAUCAAAUGUUUCAAUAUUAUGAACCAUGGAAUUUAUGCAAAUCAAAAGAUCUUGACUCCGUAAAGCAACUUGAAGCUGUGAUAUCUUUAACUUUGGAAAAUUUACGAGUAGCCGGUUUAGUAUUGUAUCCUAUUAUACCAAACUCGGCUUCUAAACUUCUUGAUUUUCUUCAAGUGCCAAAAAGAAAUCGUACCUGGCAAGAUACAAAACCGAUUCAUUUAACAAAUGCCUCGAUUGAAACAAAACACGUUUUGUCGGAGAAUAUGUUAUUUUUUAGAAGAAUAAAAAAUUAUUAAUAUUAAAUAGGUUUAGGAUGAUAAGGAUGUAAUAAAAUAUUGCAAAUUUGAUAUUCGCGUGGAAGUCUUACGUUAAUAUAUUUACAGAGAACGGUCAUUCAAAUAUAUCAUUAGUAUACAUCGACUUCGUGUACAUAUCAUUCCGACAGAGAAAAUAUAGGAUCUCUUUGAUUUUUUUUUUUUUUUAAAUCUAAUUAUGGUAUCCUAAGUGUAACUUUUCGUUUAUCGGAAUGUAGUACACAUUGUGAAUCGCUGAUAUAGAUGAUGGAAGAGGCUCAAUGAGCAUCGGUUCGCAAGGAUUUUUCUCGCUCAUAUAAGUGACGCAGAUUUGAGUUAGAUUCGACGGGUUGCGCAACAGUUUUGGCGACACGUUAGCACCUAAACGAAAUAUCGCUUACAAUGCAAAAAUACGUGGAUCGCGUGUUGGUGUCCCGUCAAAUAGAAAAAUAAAUAAAUGACUAUUUACAAGAUGGAAAAUGAAUCUGUGCGGAUUCCACCGCGAUCCUAGUACUAAUAUAAGCUACGAUUCGAUAGACGUUACUAUUAGUACUUCAUGUAACAUCCAGCUUUACAUCGUAGAUGCACUAUUUAAUAUGAUUUUAUAAUUACAAUUGCUUUAUGUUAUCUAAACACUAGUUUCAAAUUUUUCUACGCAUGAAUUUUAAUUCUCAUCUCGUUCUUUUUUUUUCUUGCCCUUUAUCUCUUACUUUUGAAAUUGAGUAUCCUUCUGUUCGAUUUUUUUCUUUUAAGAUAAUUCGUGUUUAUUCCUUUUAUUGUAAGAGCAGAUUAUGUCUCACGGAUAUGUUUUGAACUACCUUUUGGUGAUUGUCUUUACGUAAAUAUUCUUUCUUAACCAUCUCAACGUCCAUUUAUGUAAGUCGAUAAGUUCUCUUCCCCUUUCACCGUUCGUGAAUAAAAAAAUAUUCCAGCAAGAAAAUUCAUAUGUAACUUUUGUCAUUCAGGGUGAGAGGGGAAAGAAAAGAAAGGGAAACAUAGUACUGUUAACGUGAUGACUGUUGCCCACGGCGAUAAAACCUAUAUUAUUUUGAAAUAUAUUUUACAUGUAAAAUUACGGUGGUUCAACUCUGGUCGCUUAUUGGACGAUACGAAAAAUAUAUCGAAUACCUGUCUCGAGGAAAAGUUCGAUAAUGAAUUCGAUAUCUCGAAAAGUAUUUGCAGAUUUUUGCAACGUUUUUCCUGAACGAUGGAACGGCGAGUUAAUGGUUCUAAGUGUUCGUAAAUUUUGUUCCACCCAUA